ACCAGACGGCGCUUGACGAAGGGCGGCCGAACGUCCACGAGACGGCGCGAGCUCCGGGUCGGAGGUCGCCUCCGAGCGCUGAGGCCUUCUCCGGAAUUUCCCGAACGCCGCCGAAGCUCCGGGGAGGGCAGGCAGCAGCGCCACGCAACAUGGCGGACGGGGAGGAGGUUACUCUGGACGGGAGGCCGCUUCAGGCGUUGAGGGUCGCCGACCUGAAGGCGGCUUUGGAGCAGCGGGGCCUGCCUAAGAGCGGGCAGAAGAGCGCCUUGAUUAAGCGGCUCCGUGGGGCCCUGAUGCUCGAAAACCUCCAGAAGCAUUCAACCCCCCACACCACCUUCCAACCCAAUUCUCAGAUCGGGGAGGAGAUGAGCCAAAAUACCAUCAUCAAGCAAUACCUGGAAAAACAGCAGGAGCUGCUGAGGCAGCGUCUGGAACGGGAAGCUCGGGAGUCUGCCGACCUAGAAAGCAAAAGCUACAUCAUCUCACGCAAGAGGGAAGAAUCGGAUGAAGAGGAAACCCAGAAACCAGAACAGCAUCUCUCUCGCGUCAGGCAGGCCAGAGCAGUGAAGACUGCAGGAGGCGGCCAUGCGUUGGUGAGCGAAGAGCGGGAGACUUCCCUUCGGAGUCAGAGAGCUGCCCAGUGCGUGCCUGUCAAAGAGGAGGAGGAGGAAGAGGAGGAAGAAGAGGACGAGGAAGAGGAGGAAGAAGAGGAGGAGGAAGAGGAAGAUGCGCCACCUUUGCUGGUUGGCCAGAAGCCCGUGAGGCCUGAGGAGCCAGGCAUGUCAGCUCCCCAAGAGACGGGCAUGUUCCAAGCUUCCCUGCCCAUCAUCCUGCAAGCCCAGCAAACGGAGGCUUGCUCUCAGAUGCCAGACAGCCCAAGUGGCAAAGCCACCGUACCAGUCCUUGCACACUUGCAGAGGUCAGAAGACGAGGAGGCUCAGCCCCAGGCGACAGACCCCGGGGAAAAGCAACAGGCGGCUCUAACCCUGGUGGAAUCCCCCGUGAAAAAGGAUCCUCUCCCGGAUACCCCAAAGGAGGUUGUACCCAAGUUACCCGAAGCCAUAAAAAUGGAGACUGAGGAAGACCCGGGUCUUCCGAAGGAGCCGAGUUUGACUGAAACUCCCCAGGAGAAGGAGGAGGAGAUAAUGGAACAGGGCAAGACCCCUGUGGCUGUUGUCUUGCAGAAGGAGGGCGAACCCCAGAGCAAGGGGACCCCAGAAGCAGCGGCAACCCAGGCACUGCGCAGGCUAGAGGAAGAGGCGUCUGCUGCCACUGCGGCGCUAGUACAGACCUCUCUGUCUCCCCCACAGCUGACUGAAGCACAACAGUCACAACAGGAUCCACGGGGGGACAAACCACCUCCACCGCUCCUGACCAAGGAAGCCCUUGCGGGACUCGCUCCCACAGAAGAAGAAACCCCUCCUCAGCUCUCUCAGCCGUCUCCCCCCGCUCAGGAAGCUUCAGCUGUGGCCAGCCUGGGAGCCUCACUGUCCCCCUUGGUGCUCCCGCCACACCAACCCUUAUGGCCUGGCAGCUCCCGCUCCUCCUCAUCCUCCAGCUCCUCCCACUCCUGUUCUCAUUCCCAUUCCCUGGGCAGCUCACCGCUCUGCUUCCAGGCUAGGAGGACCUGCUCCGCUUCCUCUGAAUCACCUGCUCAGAAACGACCAGCUUUGGAAUCACAAUCCUGCUCCGGCUCGGAGCAGCAUAGCAGUUCGGGCUCCCGGUCCCGUUCCAGCAGUGGGGGCAGCAGCAGCAGCAGCAAGUCCCGCAGCCAUGAAGCUUCGCGGGACAGCAACAGUUUUCCACACACCAAAGAGCCCUCCCCACCCCACAGCCCCAAGGCCCAGCACCAAGAGGUCCCCUCCAGCCCCAGGGAAGAAGGGAGAAGCACCCCAUCCCCUCCUCCGAGGCCACACAGCCAUACCCCACAACACCAACCACCAGCACGCGGCAUGCAGGCCAAGACCACGUUUCCAGAACGAGGCAGCCCAGAGCCGCUCUUUCCCACGGAGGAGGGGUCUGGCCUAGACACCGGGGGUCUCGCCUCGGAGCCGCAGCGCCCGAUCAAGCCACCGCACAGCAAAAUCGAGGAGAAGCAGACGGUGCCAAUGGAGCUGUCGGAGCCCCAACCGGACAAUGAGGCCCUGGAGCCCGGUGGCCCCGAGGAUCAGCCUUCCACACACCCCUCAGGCCCUGAAGCAGGUCCCGAAGAUGAGAAGAAAGAGGGUUCGGCUCAGCCCAAGGCCUUCAAGAGGAAGAUCUCCGUGGCCUCCUCCUCCGUGGCCAAAGGCUCCAUCGCCACGAACAGUGAUACCGAAGGAAGCCAGUUGGCGGGCCGCAAACGGCGCUGGGGCUCCAGCACCGCCACAACCCAGAAGAAACCUUCAAUCAGCAUCACCACCGAGUCCCUCAAGAGCCUGAUCCCGGAGUUUAAGCCACCUCCAGGAGGCCAGGAAGCCGUGAUGGACCUUCAUGCCGACAACUCCCGCAUCUCCGAAGACGAAGACGAGCACCACUUGGAAGAGCCAGCUCAUGAGAAGGCACUCAAGAUCUGCCGUACCGUCAUGCAGGUGGUCCCUGUCGAAGGGCAAGAGAAUGGCCAAGGGGAGGAGGAGGAAGAGGAGAAGGUCCACGAGGAAGAACAGCCGGAGUCGGCACCCGUUAUCUCUGUAGAAACUGUGGCUCUGCCUCCCCUGGUAGAGCACGAAGUCAAAAAAGUCACACUGAGCGACACGCUCACCCGGCGGUCCAUCAGCCAGCAGUGUUCCAGGGUCUCCAUCACCAUCGACGAUCCCGUCCGCACGGCCCAGGUGCCCUCCCCACCACAGGGCAAGGUCAGCUGUAUCGUUCACAUCUGCAACCUGGUGAGGCCCUUCACCCUGGGGCAGCUGAAGGAGCUGCUGGGCCGGACAGGCACCCUGGUGGAGGAGGCUUUUUGGAUCGACAAGAUCAAAUCGCACUGCUUCGUCACAUAUUCAACAGUGGAAGAAGCUGUCGUGACGCGAAACGCCCUUCAUGGGGUCAAGUGGCCACAGUCUAACCCCAAGUUUUUAUCUGCUGAUUUUGUGGAGCAGGAUGAGCUGGAUUUCCAUCGUGGUCUUCUGGCCAACCGUUCUGCCGAGGCCAAGGCGGAUGAAGCGCCCACCUUCCCCGGGGUGGGCCCAACCACGCGGGGGGAACGGGAGCUGUCCCGGCGCUUGGAGGCACGGGAGCGGGAGGCGGCCGUGCGGGAGCAGUGGGCCGAACGAGAGCGAGAGAUGGAGCGCCGGGAGAGGACCCUGGCAGAGCGGGAGUGGGAUCGGGACAAGGUGCGCGAGGGGCCCCGUUCACGCUCCCGGUCCCGAGAGAAACGCCGCAAAGAGCGGCCCAAAUCAAAGGAGAAGAAAGCUGAGAAGAAAGAAAAAGCCCAGGAAGAACCUCCGGCUAAACUUCUUGAUGAUCUGUUUUGCAAAACCAAGUCAGCCCCUUGCAUUUAUUGGUUACCCCUCACGGACAUCCAGUGUGUCCAGAAACAGGCUGAGCGAGCAGCUCGUGCUCGAGAACGGGAACGCCGGCGCAAAGAAUUGGAAGCCGAGGAAGCCCGUCAGCGGGACCGUAACCGCCAAGCCGAGCGGGACAAGCGGCGGGAACACAGCAGAGAGCGAGAACGCGAGCACCCCAAUGCCACCAGUGGUGGUGGGGCCAGUCGAGCAGGUGAAUGUGGCGGCCGGGGAGACCGUGAACGGCGCAAAGCCAAAAGCCGCCACAGUCGGAGUCGGAGCACGCCUGUACAGGACAGAGGGGGGCGCCGCUGAGCUAUUCCCCAGCCUUCCUUUUGACCUUUGGGGUGUGGGGAGGAGUUGGUGGUGGGGGCACUUUCCCUGAAUCAAGCUCCUGAGUUUUACAGGCAAGGAGGAACAAGGAGGGGUAGAGAGUUUCUUUGCCCACUGCUGGAAGGGCCAAGAGGGGUCUGGUGUGGCUAGUGGCGGCCAAAGUGGUAGGGCUCUCCCCCCCUUCCCCUAACGGGAUAAGUUUGAUUCCGGACCCCUCCUGCUCCCCUCUUCUGGAGCCAGUGUCCUUCCUGUUGAUUUGUAUUUUAUUUUGGGAAAAUGUUUUUUUAUUCUUCUGAUGAUAUAGGAAAGAGAGCAUAAUAAAGAG